GGUUCGGGGCAAAAUCCUUGAUAGGGGAAGGAAGGCUUGGGGGCGGUUGCAGGGAACGGGUCUAAAAUGAGAUGAGGAUUAAGGGUAGAAAGGGUUAGAAGGCAGGGAGAGGAGGAAUGAGAAAAAGCCAGCCAAGGAGAUAGGAAGGAGGCAAAAUCAGGUUGGGUAUUAAGGAAGCCGGGCAGGGAAUGGGGUUAGGAAGACCAAGGCUUGGAAUAGGGAUCCUGGGGUUAGGUGUAAGAGCAAGGGUUUGAAGGGGAAAGCUUUGUAGAGGGUGAUAGUGGGGUGAGGGCUGCUGGUGUAAGAGUUGAAAGUGGGAGGCAAGGAGGGGCAGAGCUGGGGUAAUAGUUGGGAGCAGAGGAGAGAGAGUGAUUAAGAGCCAGACGUGACAAGGGUGUGAACUAGUGCCGAGGGAGAUGAGCUGAAGGAGUAGGACCGGCGGUGGGGUGGGAACUGCGAGGUUCUGAGAAAGGUAUGGGUUAAGGGUGGGCAAUGGGGAUAAAUUCUUGAAAGUGAGAGGUGAAUAAGACACCGGACUAGUACCAGGUGGAGUUAGAAAUAAGAGCGUAGUGGAAGGGUGAGAGGAAAUAGGGAUGAGAGAUAGGGCGUUAAUAGGACAAUUCGGGGACCAGAAAAGCUGAAAGGAAAAGAGAGUAAGGGCUUAAGAAAGUGAUGGCGGUGUGGGACAGGAUAACUGGGUAAUUGUGUUAAUUGACAAGGUUUUAAGCAAGGUCCAAGGUAAAAACUGAGGUCAUGAGACAGGGCUAAAAGCAGACAGUGAGAGGAGCAAGGAAGAGAUUGACCCCAGGAUUUAAAGGACGAGAUAAGGAGUGAGGGAAGAGAACAGGGUUAAGGGAAGCUGGGGGAGUCCUGAUGGAUGGAGAACUGGAGUGAACUGCGCAGGGGUGGGAAUCAAAUGUGCAUGUUGUGGGGAGAUACUCCAGAAGGUCUGCGUGGGUCACGGCUCAGACGCUGUAGUGAAGGAUCAAGUGUAGGGAGCCUUUGGUGGAGAAGAGGAGGAACCAUGAUUCUUUGGAUGGGAAGAAACCUUGAAAGGACCUCUAGUUUAUCCUGCAACUUCAGUCAAUAUCCCACUUAAAUCAUCCCAGGUAACAGAAAAGAGAAAACCUAAUCAAUGAUUGUGGAAUAAUAUGGAAGAAGAUGGAAAAAAACUUGUUUAAUGGGUUGAAAGAGUGGAGACUUCUGUAAGACAUGGAUAGAUGCAAACAUGUAGGGCGGUUGCGGCUGGCCCAGGACCACUCCAUACUGAACCCUCAGAAGUGGUGCUGCAGGGAGUGCACCACCACAGAAUCCGUGUGGGCUUGUCUCAAGUGUUCACACGUGGCCUGCGGCCGCUAUAUUGAGGAUCACGCCCUUAAACACUUUGAAGAGACCGGACACCCGCUAGCCAUGGAGGUCCGAGAUCUCUACGUGUUCUGUUACCUGUGCAAGGACUACGUGCUCAAUGAUAACCCGGAGGGGGACCUGAAGCUGCUGAGAAGCUCCCUCCUGGCGGUCAGGGGCCAGAAGCAGGACCCGCCAGGGAGGCGCGGCCGGACGCUGCGGUCCAUGGCCUCGGGCGAGGACGCGGCCCCGCUGCCGCGCACUCCUCAGGGACAGCCGCAGAUGCUCACCGCUCUGUGGUACCGGCGCCAGCGCCUGCUGGCCAAGACGCUGCGACGCUGGUUUGAGAAGAGCUCUCGCGGCCAGGCAAAGCUGGAGCAGCAGCGGCGGGAGGAGGCGCUGGAGCGUAAGAAGGAGGCGGCGCGGCAGCGGCGGCUAGAGGUCAAGCGGCGGCUGCUGGAGGAGCUGGCCAGCGCCCCUCCGCGCAAGAGCGCGCGCCUACUGCUGCACGCGCCGCGUGCCGCCGCCCCGCGCCCCGCCACGUCGCGCACACCCACCGGGGGCCGCCUCCCGCCGCGCCGCGCCCCCGCCAUGGCGCCGGGUGUCACCGGCCUGCGCAAUCUGGGCAACACCUGCUACAUGAACUCCAUCCUGCAGGUGCUCAGCCACCUCCAGAAGUUCCGAGAGUGUUUCCUGAACCUCGACCCUUCCAAAACGGAACAGCUCUUUCCCAAAGCCACCAACGGGAAGGCGCCGCUCUCCGGCAGGCCGGCCAGCAGCUCAGCCACCGAGCUGUCACCGAGGAACGUCAGGGCUGAGUCGUGCGAACGUGAGGGCUUCUGCUGGAAUGACGGGCCCUCCAUCACCAGGAGCUUAGAACUCAUCCAGAACAAGGAGCCCAGCUCGAAGCACAUCUCCCUCUGCCACGAACUGCACACCCUCUUCCGAGUCAUGUGGUCCGGGAAGUGGGCCCUGGUGUCUCCCUUUGCCAUGCUUCACUCGGUGUGGAGCCUGAUCCCUGCUUUCCGCGGCUACGACCAGCAGGACGCACAGGAGUUUCUCUGUGAGCUGUUGCACAAAGUGCAGCAAGAACUCGAGUCUGAGGGCACCACGCGUCGGAUCCUCAUCCCCUUCUCCCAGAGGAAGCUCACCAAACAGGUCUUAAAGGUGGUGAACACCAUAUUUCAUGGGCAGCUUCUCAGUCAGGUCACAUGUAUAUCAUGCAAUUACAAAUCCAACACCAUUGAGCCCUUUUGGGAUCUGUCCCUGGAAUUUCCUGAACGCUAUCACUGCAUAGAAAAGGGGUUUGUCCCUUUGAAUCAGACAGAGUGCCUGCUCACUGAGAUGCUGGCCAAGUUCACAGAGACAGAGGCCCUGGAAGGGAGAAUCUACGCUUGUGACCAGUGUAACAGCAAACGACGAAAAUCCAAUCCAAAACCCCUUGUUUUGAGUGAAGCUAGAAAGCAGUUAAUGAUCUACAGACUACCUCAGGUCCUCAGGCUGCACCUUAAAAGAUUCAGGUGGUCUGGCCGUAAUCAUCGAGAGAAGAUUGGGGUCCAUGUCGUCUUUGACCAGGUAUUAACCAUGGAACCUUACUGCUGCAGGGACAUGCUCUCCUCUCUUGACAAAGAGACCUUUGCCUAUGAUCUCUCCGCAGUGGUCAUGCAUCACGGGAAAGGGUUUGGCUCAGGACACUACACAGCCUAUUGCUACAACACAGAGGGAGGUGCGUGCGCUUUACUCUGUGGGGUGGGGGACACGAAAAAGGGUUGGUUUGUCCACAUUUCAUUGUUUUCCUUUUAUUUCAUCUAUAAGGGAAUAUUACAUACAUUUAAAUCCAGUGGGAAGGAUUAUGAAAGUUGGAUUCAAAUUUCGGAUCUAUUACUAAGUAACAACAUAAGAUUGUUCUAAAAAUUGACAGGAACUGACACACCUAAAAAUGUUUAGCACAGUGCCUAGCACAUUGUGCUCAAUUAAUGUUAGAGAUUAUCAUUAUUUAUUAAUACUAGUGCAGACCUCCGUUUCUUUCUUGGUUAUUUAGAAUUGAUAUGACCUAUCUAAUCUCAUGGAGAUGCUGUAUGAAUCUCAUUAGCCUCAGCUCAUAAUAAAGCUGAAGACAUUUACUGAGCACUUACUAUGUCCUCACUACAUCCCUUACCAUGGGAGAUGUGGAGAUAACCCCCAGAGCAGAGCCUCCCAGCCACUGCACUGGGGCAGGUGGGCUGCGAAUGAGUUUUCAAUAGUGUACUGAUCUUGAACCCCUUAGCCCUUGAGGCAGCCAGAGUGAGCCUGUGAACAAGUAACUUUUCAUUCCUUCUAAAUUUUCCUUUAGCACUCCUCUCUAUUUACAUUUCCCCUUUCCUCCUCAUUCUCCUCUUUUCCUCUCUUAGCCCUCAGUGUCCUGGCUGUCUUUGUAGAAGAUCCUAAUAGGCAAUGAAAAAGCCUAAAUAAAACAAGGACAAAAUUUAUUAUA